GAUCGGCCUGUCGUCAAUGUGUACAAUGAUCUUGGAGAUAAGCGCACUUCCAUACACUGGCACGGCAUGUUCCAUAACGGCACCAGUGAUAUGGGUGGCCCGUCGAUGGUGACCCAAUGUCCUAUUGCUCCGGGAGCUUCAUUCACCUACAACUUCACGGUGGAUCAGCCUGGAACAUACUGGUAUCAUUGCCAUACCGACAAUUGCUAUCCCGACGGAUAUCGCCAGGCCUUGAUUGUACAUGACAAAGAGGCCUAUUCCAAUGACAUGUACGAUGAGGAAUUCACCCUCACUGUGAGUGAUUGGUACCACGAGUUGGUGGAAGAUAUCACGUUCAUCAGUUUGACGAACCCGACUGGCGCCGAACCCGUUCCUAACUCUUUCCUCGUGAAUGAUACGCAAAGCAGCAGUCUCUCGGUUGAGCCUGGCAAGACAUACCUAUUGAGACUGAUCAACAUGGGUGCAUUUGUUGGCAUGUACUUCUACAUAGAGGACCACAGCUUCAGAAUCGUCGAGAUGGAUGGGGUGUACACGGAGCCUACUGAAUCCGAUCUCCUUUAUCUCUCUGUGGCUCAGAGAUAUUCAAUCUUGGUCACGACCAAGAACUCCACGGCCAAGAACUACCCAAUUGUCACCGUCGCUGAUUCCAGUCUGUUGGACGUGAUCGAGCCGACCCUCCAGCUCAAUCAUACCAGUUGGCUAGAAUACAAUGCCACAGCCGAUCAUCCUGUGGCUGUAAUGACUGUAGACGACUCCUCCGAUCUGAUUCCAUUCGAUAGUAUUACCCUUGUGCCUUAUGACCGAGUUCCCCUUCUGCCAGACCCUGAUAUGGUGAUCGAGGUCACAGCGGAUAUGGGUAAUCUUGCUGACGGAGCCGGCUAUGCAUUUUUCAACGACAUAUCAUACACAAGACCCAAAGUGCCCCUCUGUACUCAGUCUUAUCAAGCGGAGACCUUGCGACCGAUGCGACUGUUUACGGCGAAUUCACGCACCCCAUGGUCCUGGAACACAACCAAGUCGUGGACAUCGUUCUGA